CAUAUAUUGAUAGUAUAUCGUACAGACGGACACGAAAACUUUGCCCUAUGUUUGCAAAUUGUUAAAUACUAUUUAUCUUGAUCAUAUACGUUGAAGUUUAGAUUUUUUACGGACUUGAUCCAAGUUAACAAGUUAACAUAAUAAAAGUUUUAUUUCCUUGAAAAUGAAUCUAAGAGGAUAUAUUUUAGUUGUAUGUAUAACGCGUACCUUGGUGGUGAUAUACGGAGAUACAGGAUCGUCCGUCUGUACGAUGGAAAUGUACGGGAAUGAUACUGCUGCAUACUGGGCUUGCAAGAUUCAGUUUGCUCAUCAAGCUAAUUGGUUCCCUUCACCUAUUGCUGGACUGUUUAGUUAUGAGAUCUGGAACGGCUAUGACGGAUUCUGGCAGAAUGGGGCGGUGUUGGAGUCUUUUACAAAUUUUGUUGCUUACACAAAUAAAACACACACACGAUAUUCUAGCGUAAUUAAAGGCGGCGAGCGCGAGCUAUAUAGCUUACUUGAAGCAUAUGGGCCGUACCCAUCUUUUGACGACAUGAGUUGGUACGGUCUGUCGUACACACGGAUCCACGAAGUGCUAGGGUACGACCUGUUUCUCCAAGAUGCCAAAGAUAUAUAUGAUUGGGUAUGGAAGACAGGCUGGGACAAGAGUGGCUCAUGCGGCGGAGGUUUAUGGUUCGAUAACACUUUUGUUUCUAAGCAAACCAUCACGAAUGCACAGAUGCUUCAGUUGUCAGGGAGACUUUAUAGACUGACUAAUGAUAAAAAAUAUUUAGAUAAAAUGAAUCUGCUCUACAUGUACAUAAUGAAUAAUAGUCUUAUUAGUGAAUCGACGUAUCUCGUUGCUGAUGGCGCGUUUAGCAAUUGCACACCUGAUGCUUUCUAUGGACGUAGCUAUAACAGCGGCGUCAUGACGGGAGCUUUGGUUGAGAUGUACAGAUGUACUAAAAAUACACUUCACCUUGACCUUGCGUUCAAAGUCGCGAAUGCCUUAAUAGAAAAUGCAAGCGAUGCAGACGGGAUCCUUGUAGAAUUUUGUGAACCGCAUUGUGAUGACGACGCGUUAAUGUUCAAGGGAUUGUUCACAAGAAAUGUAAGAUUUCUAAUUGACGAACUUAAGGACAACACGAGGCGGGAAUAUCUUCAAAGUUGGUUAAAUCUCCAACUGGAAUCAAAUUUAAUGAACAAUAUUUGUGAUAUGGAUCCAGUAACAAAAUGCAAUGUAUCGUACAAAGACGGACCACCGUAUUAUAAUAAAUCAGGCCCAGUGUUUUCUCCAGACUGGCGUGGACCUUUUUCAUACGGAGCACCUAUGCAGCAGACGUCAGUGUUAGACCUUUUCGUUUCGGCAAUAAAACCCGGAACGGUUUGUAGCGGAAAGUUUUGUAAUUACGAUCCUUACUAUCCACCACCCCAAUCUCUAACCUGUGGAAGCCAGCCAUGCCCAGAAGGAGAAGACUGUUGCGAGUAUAGCCCAUACAGUUCAUACACAUGUUGUGAAACGACUCAGCACUGUAAUAAAUCCACCGGUAUAUGUGACGGUGGUAGUUUGCCAGGUGUAAUAUAUUUACCAUGAACUAAAAAUACUCGGAUUAGUUAAAACUCGAAAUAUUUAAAUCAGAUACAGAACAUAAAAAAAAAAACAAGAAAAAAUAAUUAGUCAUUGUUUAUAUGAAGCAGUCAUUAUUCAUUUUGAUUUUCGAUCUACAGUAGUCAGGCGAUUAUGUAGAUAUGUCCUGUUUAAUCCGGCAUGAAUUGAUACUAACUGGAAGUACCUGAUAACGACAAAUGUCGUAUGAACCAAAUGUCGUUGCGAGCAAGUUCAUAUGUUAUCGUCUCUGGAAAAUAUCCAACACUCAAUUUGAAUGAUUUGUCCUAUCGUUUACUUUCAAACUGUUGUAACAUAUCGAAAUCUCGGUAAGCACAAAGCCUGGAAAUCGUCACAUUUAUCAAAUUAAUCAGCAUAACAGUCGGACGAGCAGUGUGCUAUUCAGAACGGUACUUAGUAACAAUGAAUAUGCAAUGGGCAUCUUAAAUAUAUAAACCCUUGAUCUAUUGUAUUUAACAUUACUAAAAUAUAUAUAUUAAGACUGCAUAUAGAGCUGCAUUCAUAAUUAAUUGCACUGCAAUAACAGCUGAUUGUUAAAAAGGCCAGUUUUGAAUGUAGGUAUUACACAUUUAAACUGUGUUUAUCUAUGUUUGCUUAUAGUGUGUAUAAUUUUAAACCUAAUGCAUAAUACUGUUAAUACACAUGAACUUGUUAAUUUUAUGUAUACAUAAACUAUAUGAAGUAAUUGUUCGUAUUUUUAAGUAUGAAAUUUGGAUCUAAUAUACCUUUUACAUGUCUUUCAAUGACAAUUGUAGAUGCAAAUUGGAAUAUCAGCCAGUGACAAAAUCAUUUUGUCAUAUGUCAUAAUCAUGAACUAAAGGAAAAAUAAAAUCAAACAAAUGACUUUUCAUAGCACUUUUUCUGUAAGUACCGUAUUGUUAGAAAAACACGGGAAAUUAACAUUCUAUAAAUGGUUUAUAAGAUGGUAUUUUCAGACUUGUAAAAAAUCGGAAAUUCAUAUCCGGUGUGCAAGAAAAACUUUUAAUGUACUGUCCCAAUUAUUUUUAAAGUUAUCUUUGAAAUCAAAAUUGGUUUUGUUUAUUAUUCUGUUCAUAUUAUUUACUACUUUAUUCAUGUUAUUAGAAUCGUAAAAGGAAGUGUUUUCAGGAAUCCGACAAAACUAUUUAACAGGUUUUUUUUUUUCAUACCAAACGCUAAUUGACCUAAACUACCGCUGACGUUAACGUACAACUGAACAUCAGCCUUUGCGCAGCCAAACGAACAUUUAGCACUAAACGCCUGUUUGAUUCAGAUCAUUUUCUUUAAACUCUUGGAGUUCUAUGGCAUUAAUUCCAGCAACUACACGACUUCUAAUGACUUUGAUCAACGGUUUCGCUUGACGGGAAUAUUUGUACUAAGGAAGAAUAUUGUUUGCAUACGUUUUGGUAACAGAACAUGAGUUAGAGUUGUCAAUCGACUGAAAGAUAACUGUAGAGCUAUGUUUACGUCAAACACUAACCUUUAUAGAUUGCUCUUGCAUCAUUAUUAAAACAAUAAUAUCUUAACUGUAAAAGCCUCUUUUGUAAAGAGCUCAACUUACGAAAUUUCUUUCUGAAAUACAGUUGGUAAAGAAUUUCCCUAACAAAUUCCAUUCUUGCCUACCUAGCGGGGAAAGUACACAUUUGUCCGAGCACGCGCCGGGGACAGAUAUUCCUGUCAUUUCCUAGGGAAAAACCUUGUCUAAAAUAGCGUGCACUAGGGUGACGUCACAUAGUACUGGCACUAUUGUGACUUCAAAAAACUAUAUAUAUAAUAUCUGUAAAUAUCCAAAUCCAUUUGUCUCCACGAUCUAUUUUAAACGUGAUAGGCAAGAAAAAUGAUCCAACAUGUCUGCCUGUGUAAGACAGCUGUUUUCCCAACCCUCGGGACAGCUUUGAUAAAAAACCUCGCUAACGCUCGGUUUUCCAUUCCACACUGACUCUCGGGUAGGGAAAACCCCGUGACGUCUUACACAGGCAGGCAUAUGAGAUCCUAAUAUUCUUGCCUUCCUAGCGGGGAAAGUAUACAUUUGUCUAAGCACGCGCCAGGAAUAGAUAUUCCUGUCUUUCCCUAGGGAAAAACCUUGAAAACCUUGUCUAAAAUAGCAUGAACUUAGGUGACGUCACAUAGUACUGGCACUAUUAUGACGUCAUAAAUUAUAAAAAAUAAUGCAAGGAAAUACCCAAAUCUGUUUGUCACCACGAUCUAUUUUGAGCGUGAUAGGCAAGAAAAAUGAUCUUACAUGUCUGCCUGUGUAAGACAGCUGUUUUCCCAACCUUCGGGACAGUUUGGAUAAAAAAAAAACUCGCUAACGCUCGGGUUUUCAUUCCACACUGUCCAUCGGGUUGGGAAAAACCGGUCUUACACAGACAAACAUUUAAGAUUCUUAUAAUCUCAUCGGAUGCGGAAAAGUAUUGAACUGUGGGACUAGAUCUACUUGUUUUAAUUAUAACGUCUAAUAUGACGUCAGAAAUGAUUUGAUAAUAAAAGGAUCUUGAUUUGCAAUGCUGCGUUCGGCUCAUGUGUGAUCCCCUUUCUAAAUUCCAAUUCAUUUAAUUCUGUCCAUUGUUUUUUGAACUUGUAACAUGUGUAAAUAUUGAGUUAUGCUCAACCCGGAACUAGAGGGCGUGGACCGUAGCAUGCAUUUCAACUACCGUCCAUGAACAGGCUCAAUCAAAACGAGCAUGCAACAUUUUCGUUUUUGUCAUGUUGAGCGACCUAUGGAGUUUCACCUUUUUCUAUUUUGCAAGGCCGGAUCAUACAAGGCGCUAGCGCCUUGUGGGAUUCAGGUCUGGCAAAUCAACUCGAGCCGAAUACAACAUUGCAGAUCAACGUCCUGUUUAAAUACUUCUGUUAUGCCCUGUCCU